UAUGGGCAGGAUCUUUUAUUUUUAUUUUCUCAAUUCUUUGACAAAAUUCCACGAUGUGUGCACGAUUCCAGUGAUAACUCAUUCGGGGUAAUGGAAAAACGCUACUUCCGAAAGAAACGAGAAAAUUAGAUUAGCAUGUUGUUCCAAGGUGUGCUGCAUGAAUUCAAGGGAAAUUGAGUAAGUGUUUUUAUAAGUAGAUUUUCAGCAUUUUAAUGUCUUUCGCAGAGACCUGUACACGUGAAAAGGGUUUCUAGUUAUUUCCGAAGGUAUUUAUGAAAAAAGUGUCAAAAUUGUCACAAGCGGAGGUGCAAUAACACCGCUUAACAUACCAAGAUACAGCAUGCAAUGCAUCCCAGUGAUGUGACAUGGAACGCAUUAGGGCCAGUGUGUAGCCUACGCUAGAUCUCAGUGAUCAAUCAUUUGACCCACCAGUCGCCAAUAUCCAUAGUUGAAUAUAAUUUUCUUUUACCUGUUGGGAGAAAAAAAAAAUGAGUUCUGGGCUACCGUUGAGUGGAAAGGUGGAGGGGUAUACUCUUGUGUGUCUGAAUAAGGGAAUGCACAUGUGUAUGUCUAAAUGACAAAAAAUGUGUAACCAGCUAGCUCUAUUUAUUCUAUGUGGUUUGGUGUAAUGUUAAUUGUUGAAGUCCUCUGGAUGAAGUAGUAAACAGUAAGGUUUCAUUUUCCAGUGGUACUAUUAUGUCCGUGUGUAGAAGAAUGCCAGUCUGUGUCACAGGCAACAUAGUUUUAUCCCCUUACUGUCAGACAUAACUUGAUAUUACUGUUACAGGUACUGCACUGUCAGACAUAACUUGAUACUGUUACUGCAAAGCCAAUAGAUUUUAGUUUUUAGAGAUCCAAGCAGCGAAGCCACGGAUCCGUAUUGUAUUUUUAUCCCCCCAUUCUUUUUUUUUUCUCUCCUUCAAAUUUCAGCAGUCAAUAUAAGUCUAUCUUCAAAAUGAAUUUAGCCUUUAAAUCCUUGCAUAACAUUUCUAAUAUUAAAAUAGUCCUCUUUCACCUGUUGAAGCUUUCAAAUCAUUAAACCUUGUCCCACUUAGGGUGCUUCGCACAUUCUGCUUGAACACCGAUGAUCACCGUUUGUGGCUAUGUUUUUUUUUUUUUUUUUUUUCUAAACCAUUUCUAUGUCAUCUUUACUAAGUGAUUUUGAAGGAUUGGCAUUUUUCUUUUGUUCUCUCUGGCUGAAGUUUGUUUAUUUUGUAAAAAAUACUAAAUAGGUAUCAUAUUAUGCAAAGUCAGCCAGUCUCUUGAUGUGGCGUUCUCUAGAUACUAAGCCCAGGAGUUGCCAAUUUGAUGCGGCAUAGUAAUUGCCUGCUCUCCAUAUGCUCAAGCUUUGCUAAUUUGCCAGUGCAUUAUAAUAACACAUUACUGCAGGCAGCCACACUAGGGUGCAUCAUUAAUUUGUUCGGCAGACUGACCUCCUGAACUACACCAGGUAUUUGUAGUGGUUAUGUGUCUAUGAAUAUAUAGGCUGAGAACAAGUUUGAAUGCUGAAUGAUUGCAUGCAAGUUUUUGCAUGCAGUCAUUUGAAUUGAACAGAACUGUAUGCACACUGUUUGUUCAUUCAUUUUUUUUAUAAGUAGACUACUCAAGGACAUGAUGUAUUUCUCACUGGAGUGUUUUUAACUGGAGUUAGUAAGAAGGAAAUACUUGAGAAAUAACAGAACAGAACAGAAAUAACAAAGGACAUAUAAGGUUCUGAAUAUGCAAUCAACAAUUAACACAGUGUCUCAAUAAACAUAAAAAAAACAACAUAUUUUUGGUUUGUUUCAACACAAACUCAGUCUAUAGAUACUGUAUGUUACUUUCACACCAUUAUAUGAUACCGCUUCCUCUAGGCAACAAAAAUGCUGCAAAACACAGCAUGUAGAAUUUGAUUUUUUUUUUUUUUUCAUAAACGGAAGCGUUAUUUAGGCUGGGUUUGACGUCACCAAUGCCAGUGGCGAGAAUCCAUUUGCCACAUUGGAGCCCAUAUUAUGAAUACCAGGCUGCAUGGUUGCUAAUUGGACGAGGAUACCAGUACAUGAAGUGAAGAAAACGAAUGCCAUAUGAAAUAAUCAAUGUUUAUUGGAUUGAAAUUUCUCCUUAUGCAGUCUUUCGGGAAUAAAAGUACAAAGUGCUUCAUCCUGCUAAAGCACAGCACUAUAACACAAACUAAGUCUAUAAUUACUGUAUGUUACUUUCACACCAUUAGAUGAUACCGCUUCCUCUGGGCAACCAUUUUUAUAAAAACAAAACUCACACCUCUGAAUGCAUGCAAAUGGAUUGAUGCUUACUUUGACACUGCAGGUACGGUUCGUCCACAGUACCUGGGUUUUUGGCAGAGUGAUGUGCCACGUCAGUCGCUUUGCACAGUAUUGCUCGGUGCAUGUGUCUGCUCUAACCCUGGUGGCCAUUGCUGUGGACAGACAUCAGCUGAUCAUGCACCCUCUGAAGCAACGGAUGUCUCGUGAGAGAGGUCUGGUGUGGAUUGCAGUGAUAUGGGCAAUGGCAUCCUGCUUCUCCCUGCCACAUGCAAUUUAUCAGCAAUUGUUGCGUUUUGAGUAUGGUGAAGUACGUGUUAUCUGCUUACCCAGUUUCCCAGCCCCGUCUGACCUCUUUUGGAAGUAUCUUGACCUGGCCACCUUCUUCUUGCUUUACGUCUUGCCGCUGACUAUCAUCUCCGUGGCCUACAUCAUCUUGAUCAAGAAGGUGUGGCUGCACAACACCAUCGGUGACGUGACGGUGGCGCAGUCUGCCGCUCACCGUCGCCGCAAGCGCAUGACCAUAAAGAUGCUGGUGCUGGUGGUGGCCAUCUUUGCCAUCUGCUGGUUCCCCCUGAACUGCUACGUGGUGCUGCUCUCCAGCAAAGUCAUCCAGGCCAAUAACGCUGUCUACUUCUCCUUUCAUUGGUUCGCUACCAGCAGCACCUGCUACAACCCUUUCAUCUACUGCUGGCUCAAUCACAGCUUCAGGGCCGAGCUCAAAGCCUUGAAUUUCAGGAACAGAUCUAAGGCUGCUCCCCACCCCAGCUAAGAUAGCAUGUGAAGUUAGCAUGUGUAACAGGAUGAAUGGAGGAUGAAUGUGCUGUUUUGAAGCUGUAUGCUCAGUGAGGCAGAGACGUCCCUACUUGCACUAUUCACGAUGCACAGUGCUGUUGCUAUUUAUACGCUAUGCUGAUUUCAUUCAAAGCCCACUGUCGCAUCACAAUGAGCAAUUUGCUGUUCAUUGAAAGCCGUCUUAUUCAUUUACUUUUUCCUCCUUACUGUGAAGUUAACAGAUUUUUGUAGUGCAGAGAAUCGUUUGCCUUUUACUAAUGUAUGCAUGGUGUGUGGGAUAAAGCACACAGACAGAUGGUAGCCUAUAUCAUAACUUCACCCUUACCUCAUGUAAAGCACAAGAGCAAAUGUGUAAAGGACCACUUUGGGAUUUUGUCUUUAUACUGCUUGUCUGGUUUUCUUGUCUUUGCCAUCUGUUGGUACCCGUUAAACUGUAACGUGGUGCUCCUCUCCAGCAAAGUCAUUCUGAAAUACGCUAAAAGGCUUAAUUGCUCAAUCACACUUUGCUGUUUGCUGUUCUUCAUCUUCAGGUUUCUUUUUUAUUCAACCUGUUUUCUUGUGCCAUUUCUGCUCCUAGCACUUUUGAGAUAUCGACACCUCUUCGUCUCUGACACGUCCAUCCCGAUCCCGUGUAGUGCUGCUUCUCUCCCUUGUACGUCGCUUUGGACAAAAGCGUCUGCUAAAUGACUAAAUGUAAAUGCUCUUGUAAAAAUACUGCAAUCUCAUUCUUGUUAUUGUUGUUUUUCAUCCGUCUUUUUUGCCUUUGAAAUGAAUGUUGGAACGUUCGCCUCUUGUGACAUUACUCGCUCUGCCCACUGUAGGCCACAGUAGGUAGACCAAUGGUACCUACCAUAGCUGGCAAACAAACAUUAUAGAGCAGCAUUAUGUUUACAAAUGUGGCUGCUUCUCAGAGAUUUUCCCGAACAUUGAAUGAAAGAUUAUUGAAUGUUUGAAUAUUUCAUUAAAACCAUGCCAUUAAGUAUACAUAUCUGGUUGUUAUCGGAGAUUUUCAGGUAUGUGACAUAUCAUGAUAGUAUGGUAUUGAUGGUACAGUGGAUAGCACAGCUGCUUUCCAAGUAAUAGGCAUGGAUGUGAUUCCUGGCCAAAACAGGUUUUAAGUUGCUUUGAACUUUGACCUUUGACCUUUUUAAUGGGACAGAUUGUUUCCUUCCCCAGAACAUAAACAGAGCCAACCAAACAUAUUACUGUUAAUCUUCUGUCAUAUUCCAAUGAAGAUAACACCACCAAUGUGGCUUAAUAACAGGACAUAUAUGUACAAUAAAUCUUACAUUUAGCAUUUUAUCAUUUUAACCCACUUCAUGGACACUUAUCUGCUGUGUUUUAAAAAAAAAGUGUAGGAGUCAUCCUCUUCACCAUCCAAAGAAAUCAGCCAAUAAAUGUGCAACGGGUGGCUGAAUAUUCAAGUGAAUAUUCGUAAAGAGCUCUUGAAAAGGAAGAACGCUAUACCAAACGUGACGUGAUAAGACCAAGGAAAACGGAAACUUUUGCUGUGACAAAACAGCCUUGAUAAAAGUUAAAUUCAUACACAUUUAUUUGGCCUGAAAAGUCAUAUUUAUAGGUUAUUUUACAGUAUAAUAUUGUGAUGACAGAUACAUUAUGAACAUUGACUGGGACAGGUAUCCAUGAAUUUUGAAAGGAGGUGUCAUUGACUGCAUUUGUAUCUAAGCAU